CCCAUGAGCCCUGGGCUCUUCAGCUCCGGUGUCUGACAAUAGCUAAGAUGCCUGGUGCAUGGGCAGGGCUCCGUGGCCCUAACGAUGAGUAACAGCAGCCCAGUAGUGAUGGAGGGGGUGUGGGCAGAGGGUUGCAGCCAAGCCUCUGGUCUUAACCUUCAUGCCGCUCUCCUAUAAGAAGUGCUGACCCUGCCCAGGCUCCUCUCCGUGCUCCGUCCCUCCCCCCACCUCCCCAUACACCCACACUCACACCCACACCCACCUCCCCAGACCCACUUCUCCUUUGCAGCUACCCUGGACGCCUACACCUUCCUGCUGUGGAGUUGCUGGCCCAUAGGCAAGGGGAUGGAGAGGCAACAGGCCAGAACCCCGAGAGAGAGGCUGACUGGUUAGGGUGCUGUGUGGGUCCUCAGGAUCUCCUGUGGCCAGCUUUGAUUCCCUUACCCCACGGUCAGCUCUGCACCAUCCGCUGCCCUGGACUAGAACGCCAGCCUCCUUGCCUCUCCAUCCAGUCUCUGGAUGUAGCCAAAGGGCCCCUCUGAAUCAAGGCAGUGAGAUGCACACUCCAACAGGACCCCAUGUCUCCUCACUGCCGGGCCUUGUCUCCAGCUGGACCCCGUCCAUCUGUAGCAAUGGUGCACAUGUCCCAGCACCCAGCAUUGGCCAGUCUGUCCCCCAGUCUGUCCAGCCCUUCGCUGUCACGGGCCUUCCCCCUGCCAUUUCCUGUAGGGCAUGUUUCCCUCCCCUUAAAGAUGCUAAAGACAUCCCUCAGCCCCUAGCCUAAGCGGGGGCCCACCGUGAGGCCCACCAGGGGACUCCAGGCCCGAGCUCCUAGCUGGGAGCUCCCUCGGGUGCCCUUCAGCCCAUGACCCCUGGAGAGGGGGCUGCAUGUGUCACAAGACCCAGAGAGCUGGUUUGUGUGAUUGACGGGGUUUGAGCGAUGCUGGUGGGAGACUAAUACUGGGAACCAGAGCCUGAUACAGCAGGGCCAUGGACAAGGCACGACCAAGCAGGGUCACAAGCAAGGGGGUCACAAGCAGGGUCGCAGCUCCCGGAAAGGAACUGCAGGGAAAAAAACAGGUCCCUGGAUAAUCUGCAGAUCCUGCCUAGACUCUGCUUGCUUCCAGCCCAGCCGGCUUAGCUCCCCAGCAUGCUGCUGUCAGAGUCCAAGCUUCCUGCCCUCCUCCCCCAAGUCUCCCCAUUUAUGCUCCUGGGCUUUUGCCCACCCCACCACGGACCCCUGGACGUCACCUCUCUAUCAACGCCAUGUCAUUUUCUUACAUUUUCCCCGUCACUUUUGGUGGUGACCUGUGCCGGUGGCCCCCCAGGCCAGGCCUGGCAUCUGCCCACUCCCACGGAGCUCAGAGUAACUGGCUGCCUGUCCACACUACUCUCAACGGGGAUGGGGAGGCGGGCAGGGCUGGGCAGAGGACAAGAAUAUGGAGGACAAGAGGGUAGCGAGACUAGGAAGCCUUUUAGGCUAUCCGUGUCCUCCGUCACCACUGUGGGCAUUCAAUGUCUUGACCCUAGGAAGAGCAGAAGAGGAAGGAACUGGGGGCCAGAUGGCUAGUGGGAGCAACCGGUCUUGGUGAGGCACAGCAGAGGCCAUAGGAGGCUGAGGGAGGUAGGUGACUGCUGGGUCCAUCCCCUCUGCUGUCCAAGAGCAGGCUCUAGUUUGACAUCCCCCCCCCCGCCCCCGCUCCAGCCCCCGGCGCUGGCAAUGCUCAGCUGUCGUCUGCGGUGACAGAUGAGUGGUUUGAUACAGGAACCACAGGUGAAAGAGGUCUGAGGUUCCAGGCGAGGUUGCAGCUCCACCCCAGCGGUCCCACCCCAGCAGGCCAGGGCGGGGCCGAGGAUGCGCGUCCCGUCCGGGUUUCAUUCUAGACUAGAGGGGCACAGAGCCCAGGCUCAACUCUCUCCCACCUGCACGCGGCGGCGACAUGGACGCCAGGAAGCGCCGGACCAGAAGCCGGAGAAGCCGGGACAGCCCGGUGCCCACCCCAUGCGUUCAGACACUGUGUUUCGACCCUCUGGUGCGACACUGCGUGGCCUGUGAGCUCCUCCGCACGCCGGACCCUCCUCGGCACGCCUUCGGUCCCUCGGUCCCCCGCCCUCCAUCCGCAUCCCCUUCGCCAUCAGCGCCCGGGACAGCGCUGCAGCCGCAGGAGUCGGUGGGCAUGGGGCCCGGGUCUGACGCGACGCUGCCGCUGCCCGGGCUCCUCUUCGGCGCCCCCGCGCUCCUGGGACUGGUGCUGCUGGUGCUGCUGGUGGCCCUGGUGACCUGGAGGUGGUGGCAGCAGCGCAGGAUGGCCUCCCCGGACAUCCCAGACGGAGUCCAGGAAGAGGCCCUGGACAAUGUCUACGUGUCCUCCUCAGAAACCCUUCACGCCUCCGCUCCCGUCUGGCCUACCCCCAAAGAAGAUGCAGACACCACGCUGCCAGGCCAUAGCAUCCCAGUGCCAGCCACGGAACUGGGCUCCACUGAGCUGGUGACCACCAAGACAGCCGGCCCUGAAGAAUAGCAGCUGUGGAGGGAACUGAGGGAGCCCUAUGGAGUUUUUGGACUCUCACCCAAGGCCUUGGAAAAGGAGUUCAGCUCUUCAGGGACGGAGCCCAUUGCCCAGAGGGAACCCAGCAGAACCACAGACACUACAGGCCCCAGGCUCCCACCAGCAUGAGACUGUUUUUGUGCUAGCCUUUGGCUCGAGAACAUUCCAUUUUUGAGGUUGUUUUUAAGCUUCUAUGCCUUCAGUGGUUGGGCAGGCUUGAGUGUUGGAUGUUAAUCUCUUCGAAGAGGCAGAGACUGGACACUUGAUCUCUUUCUACAAAAUCUGCGUGGUGGACUGGAGAAAUGGCCCAGCAGUUAGGUUCAUGAACUGUUCUUGUAGAGGACUCCAGUUGUUCGGUUUCCCAGCAUAAAUGUCUGGCAGCCCACAACCAUCUGUAACUUCAGUCUUAGAGAGAUCCAAAGCCUCCAAAGGUACCAACCUCAUUCGCUUGCACACACACACACACAUACACACACACACACACACACACACACCACACACACACAGUUUAAAAUGUUAAAAAC